UACGUCACGUGCCGCGCGCCACGCCAUGCCAUGCCAUGGCAUGGCAUUGCCAGUGCCAACUGCCAAGCCAAAGCCACGCACGCGUCCGUUUCACCGUCCGGCGGCCUGGCCUCCGCUGCCGUCUCCGCAACUUACCACCACCGGUGCCGCCAGUGCGCUGUGUGUGUGCCUCACGCGUCGGCACCCACCCACCAGUCCACCACCACCACCCGCUCCAGUCACAGCGAGCGAGCGAGCGCGGGCCAUGGCCGAGUCCAUCCAUAAAUACCCGCCCUCCAGCUUCCCAGUUCCCACUCCUCUCUCCUUUCCCCUCCGCUUCCGCAGACGGCCAGGCCAACGCAACCGCUCCUGCCAUCCGCACCAGUCCCCCCCUCCCCUCCCUCCCGGACUCACCCGGCCGCCAGCGGGGUUUGGCCGCUUCCUCCUCCUCUGCGGCGGGAGCGGGACAACAGACACAGGGGCACAGAGGAACCGGCGCGGGGCGGCGCAAUGGGGGACGCUGCGGCGGCGGGGACCCUGCACAAGAGCUACUUCGACGUGCUGGGGAUCUGCUGCCCCUCCGAGGUGCCCCUCGUCGAGAAGCUGCUGCGGCCGCUGCCCGGCGUGCGCACCGUCACCGUCAUCGUCCCGUCCCGCACCGUCAUCGUGCUCCACGACGCCGCCGCCACCUCGCCCGCGCAAAUCGUGAAGGCGUUGAACCAGGCGAGGCUAGAGGCGUCCGUGCGGGCGUACGGCGGUGGGUCGGACGGGAGGCAGGCAGCCGGCAGCAAGAGAUGGCCGAGCCCGUACGUCCUCCUCUGCGGGCUCCUCCUCGUCGUCUCGCUCUUCGAGCGCCUCUGGCCUCCCCUCAAGUGGUGCGCGCUGGCGGCGGCGGCCGCCGGCCUGCCGCCGAUCGCCCUCAGGAGCUUCGCGGCCGCGCGGAGGCUCACCCUCGACGUCAACAUACUCAUGCUCAUCGCAGUUUCCGGGGCGAUAGCUCUCAAGGACUACUCCGAGGCUGGGUUCAUCGUGUUCCUGUUCACUACGGCCGAAUGGCUGGAGACCAGGGCGAGCCACAAGGCGACUGCUGGGAUGUCGUCGCUGAUGAGCAUGGCGCCACAGAAGGCUGUCGUAGCAGAGACGGGGGAGGUGGUGGCGGCUCAGGACGUCAAGGUGGGCACGGUGCUAGCCGUCAAAGCCGGGGAGGUCGUGCCCAUCGACGGCGUGGUCGUGGACGGGCGGAGCGAGGUCGACGAGAGCACCCUCACCGGGGAGUCCUUCCCGGUCGCCAAGCAGCCGGAGUCCCAGGUCUGGGCCGGCACGCUCAACAUCGAUGGCUACAUCGCUGUCAGGACAACUGCCAUGGCGGACAACUCUGCCGUCGCUAAGAUGGCGAGGAUGGUUGAGGAAGCACAGAACAGUAGGUCCCGAACUCAGAGGCUGAUUGAUACGUGCGCCAAGUACUAUACGCCCGCUGUUGUGGUCAUGGCUGCGGGGGUGGCGGUGGUUCCUGUGGUGGUGAGAGCGCACAACCUCAAGCACUGGUUCCAACUGGCCCUGGUCCUGCUGGUGAGCGCGUGCCCGUGCGCACUAGUGCUGUCGACGCCGGUGGCCACCUUCUGCGCUCUCCUGACGGCCGCGAGGACGGGGCUCCUCAUCAAAGGAGGGGACGUCCUCGAAACCCUGGCCAGGAUCAAGAUUGCCGCCUUUGAUAAGACAGGUACGAUCACUCGAGGGGAGUUCAGCGUCGAGGAGUUCCAGGCGGUUGGCGAGCGCGUCACUACGCCACAGCUCCUUUACUGGGUCUCGAGCAUUGAGAGCAGAUCGAGCCACCCAAUGGCGUCUGUGCUGGUUGAUUAUGCCCAGUCGAAGUCAGUUGGACCCAAAUCUGAUAAUGUCGCCGAGUUCCAAAUCUUCCCCGGUGAGGGGAUUUACGGUGAGAUCGAUGGGGAAGGUGUGUAUAUUGGGAACAAGAGGAUUUUGUCAAGGGCCUCAUGUGAAACAGUUCCUGACAUGAAAGAUAUGAAAGGAGUUACCGUCGGAUACGUUGCCUGCAAAGGGCAGUUAAUCGGAGUAUUCACUCUCUCGGAUUCCUGCCGAACUGGAUCAGAUGAGGCCAUCAGGGAGCUGAGGUCGCUGGGCAUCAAGUCAGUGAUGCUUACUGGGGAUAGUUCUGCAGCAGCUUCAUAUGCACAGAACCAGCUUGGGAACAUACUUGAUGAGGUUCACUCUGAGCUUCUUCCAGAGGACAAGGUGAGGAUCGUCGACGAGCUCAAGGCAAAGCAUGGCCCGACUCUGAUGAUCGGCGACGGCAUGAACGAUGCCCCAGCGCUGGCCAAGGCCGACGUCGGAGUCUCGAUGGGGGUAUCUGGGUCAGCGGUUGCGAUGGAGACGAGCCACAUAACCCUGAUGUCAAACGACAUCCGCCGGAUCCCGAUGGCCGUCCAGCUGGCGCGGAGGACGCACCGGACGAUCGUCGUCAACAUCGUCUUCUCGGUGAUCACCAAGCUUGCGAUCGUCGGGCUCGCGCUCGCCGGGCAUCCGCUCAUCUGGGCAGCCGUCCUCGCGGACGUCGGCACAUGCAUGCUGGUGAUCAUGUACAGCAUGCUGCUGCUGAGAUCGGAAUCGAACGGCGGCCGGAAGGUGAAGAAGUGCUGUGCCUCGUCGCAGCAUGGGUCACACUCACACGCCAGGAAGAAGCAUUGUGUCUCCCACCACUGUUCAGAUGGCCCGUGCAACAAGUCGACGGCAGGCUGUUCCAAGGAAUCGCCGUCUGCUGGUAAGCAUGCUUGCAGUGAUCAUGGCCAUGCCCACACCCACUGCAAAGAGCCGAGCAACCACCGGCCGGAAAGGCAUGCCUGUCAUGAUCACGGCCACAGCCAUAACCACUGCAAAGAGCCCAGCAGCCAUGUGGUUACAGAAAAGCAUGUCUGCCAUGACCACGGCAACACCCAUAGCCACUGCGAAGAGGCAGGCAACCAGCUGCUGCUUGUAGAGAGCCACGGUUGCAAUGACCAUGGCCAUGGGCAUAGCCAUGACCGCUGCAAAGAGCUCAGCAGCCCGCGCUUCACCAGCAAGCACGAGUGCCAUGACCAUGAGCAUAGCCACUGCAAAGAGCCCAAGACUCCGUGUGCUGACAGUGAGGCUGCUUGCCAUGGCCAUGGCCAUGGACACGAACAUCGGCACUGCGAAGGGGACAGCCACUCACACGCUACAGGUGAGCAUGGCUGCCAUGAACAUGAUGCGCACAGCCACUGCGAGGAGCACGGCCAUUCAGACACCGCUGUUGAGCAUGCUUGCGAGCAUGAGUGCCAUGGUGAGCACCAAACUGUGCACGCUGUGGAAACACACCACUGCCAUGACCACGACCAUGAGCACGGACAGCAUGAGCUUGGGGAGAUCGAGGAACCUGAGAAGGACUGCCACGACCACAGCCACCACUGCUGCCAUGAGCCUCACGGCAAGGACAAGGUCGCGGCCGAGCCAGUUGAAGAGGUCACGAUCUCAAUCGCUGCCCUGCCCAAAGACGAAGGCCACCACCACAGCGAGGAACAACACAAUGGGGAGCACUGCAGGAAGGCGAAAGACUGCGGCGGCGGCGGCGGCGCUGCUCCCACCGACUGCGCUGCGAGCAAGAACUGCUGCGGCGUCAAAGGUGGAGACGCCUGCUCGAGCGUGCAGGCCGCGCGUGCUAGGGAGACCGGCCCGUGCUGCCGGAGCUACGUGAAGUGCCCCAGGACGGCGGCGGCGAGCAGGAGCAGCUGCUGCGGCCACAGCAUGCUGAAGCUGCCCGAGAUCGUGGUAGAGUAGUAGUAGUACUGUAGUAGGGUGGAAAUUCCACCGUGGGAGAAGGGUGUGCACAUAUGAACAAGCAACUGUGAGGUGAGUGUGACUCGCCGGCGUAAAUGUAGACUAAGAUCGCCGGUGCAGGGUGUUUGAUCUAGUAGUCUAGUUACUAUAUAGGUUUGCUGGAGAAAAAAAUGAUGUAGGAUUUUGACUGAGCAGAGCAGGGGGUCUGAAAGGUGGAAGGAAGGGCUCUGCUUGGUUUUCCUGCACACUGCUCCUCUGUUUGCGUCUUCUGUGGCGGCGGCGGCAAUGGAGACUGUCACAGACGAAGGAUGUCAUGUGACUAGUGCCGGCCGGGGCCAACACUAAUAUUCAGGAACUAUCCAUAUCCAUUUCGGUCCCUUUUAAAAUGGGAGUUUCUUUUUCUAUC